AUGAUCAUUAACGAAUACCGUGUCAUCAACAACUGUACCGAACAAGAAUACCAAGUUGCUCAAUUAUAUGCUACUGCUAUGGCAUCCAAGAAUUCUACCGGUGGCGGUGAAGGUGUCGAAGUCUUGAAAAACGAGCCUUACGAAAAGCCCAAUGAAAAGGGUCAGUACACUCACAAGAUCUAUCGUUUGGCAUCUCGUGUUCCUGGUUGGGUCCGCGCUGUUGCCCCCGCUGGUGCACUUGAUCUUUAUGAAGAGGCCUGGAACGCCUAUCCUUACUGUAAAACUGUUUUAAAGAACGGUUACAUGAAGGAUGCCUUCUCCAUCGUCUAUGAGACUCUCCAUGUUGAUGGUUCUCGCGGUGAAUUAGAAAAUGCUCUCAAUAUCAGUAAAGAAGACCUCAAGAAGCGUAAUGUCAUCAUCAUUGACAUUGCUCAUGACAAGAUCGAUGCCAAGGAUUACAAGGCUGAUGAAGAUCCCAAGAAAUAUCACUCUGAAAAAACUGGCCGUGGUCCUUUGGUGGACCCCAAGUGGCAAAAGACCUGUGAGCCUGUCAUGACCUGCUACAAGCUUGUCUAUAUCGAAUUCAAGUGGUUUGGCAUUCAAAGCAGAACUGAGUCUUUUAUUGCAAAGACUGUUCAUAAUUUAUUCACCUUGUUCCACAGACAACUCUUUUGCUGGACUGAUAGAUGGUACGGAUUAACUAUUGACGAUAUCAGAGAAAUUGAAGAGCAAACCAAGAAGGAUUUGGACGAGAAGAGAAAUGUCGGUACUUCUCCUCUUGAUAAUGGCAGCAAUUAG